AUGAGCGCCGUGCCGGCGGCGCAGCUGAGCUCGGCCGAGCUGUACGCCCAGGCGGGCGUGGACGUCGCCAGCCUGAACUUCGCGGAGAAGGCGUGGAUGAACUGGUACCUCUUCUUCGGCAACGCCGCGCUUGCCACGGGCGUCGCGUCCUUCCUGCUCCACGAGAUCGUGUACUUCGGGCGGUGCAUCCCGUGGAUCAUCAUCGACGCGAUCCCGUACUUCCGCAAGUGGAAGAUCCAGCAGGAGAAGAUCCCGACGCCGGCCGAGCAGUGGGAGUGCACCCGCCACGUCCUCUUCUCCCACUUUACCGUCGAGGCGCCCUUGAUUGUCCUGUUCGACCCGGUCGCGCAGCUGUUCCACAUGCGGACAUGGCAGGUGCCCUUCCCGACCGUCAUGGAGUCGCUCCCGGCCCUCGCGUUCUUUUUCUUCUUCGAGGACAUGUUCCACUACUUCAACCACCAGCUCCUGCACACGCCCCUCCUGUACAAGCACAUCCACAAGAUCCACCACAAAUACUCCGCGCCCUUCGGCCUCGCCGCCGAAUACGCGCACCCGCUCGAAGUGCUCAUCCUCGCAACGGGCACCAUCGCCGGGCCCUUGAUCUACGCCGCGGCCACGCACUCCCUGCACGUCGUCGUCGUCUACGUCUGGAUCACGCUCCGGCUCUUCCAGGCCAUCGACGCGCACUCCGGCUACGACUUCCCGUGGUCGCUGCAGCACUUCCUGCCCGUGUGGGCCGGCGCCGAGCACCACGAUUUCCACCAUAUGGCUUUCGUCAAUAAUUUUUCGAGCAGCUUUAGGUGGUGGGACCGCGUGCUGGGCACGGACGAUAAGUACCGCGCGUACACGGCUAAGCAUAAGGCUGCGAUGCGCGAGGCGCGCAGGAAGGGGUUGACGGCGAAGGAGUGGCAGGAGGUUGAGCGGCGGAUGGUCGCGGAGGCGGAGAAGGAGGGCUUUGAGGCGGAGGCGAGGGUUGAGGCGCUCGCUGUUAAGCAGAAGAACGAGUAG